GCAAAUACGCUGCCAUCUUGAAUUUGUCAAAAGACGGAAAACGCGUUGUUAAAUUUGCGGCGAUAAAAUAAUUACAUAUUUAAUAGUUAUAUGAAUUAAUAAACAUAUAAAUAUAAUUAUCAUGUCCGGAGGAAGCAGUGCAAAUCGAAAUGAAUGCAGAAUAUACGUUGGAAACCUUCCUCCUGAUAUAAGGACAAAGGAUAUUCAAGACCUAUUUUAUAAAUUCGGAAAAGUCACAUUUGUAGACCUAAAAAAUAGAAAAGGACCGCCUUUUGCAUUUGUGGAGUUUGAAGAUCCAAGAGACGCGGAUGAUGCGGUGCGUGCUCGUGAUGGUUACGACUACGACGGGUACCGCCUGAGGGUGGAAUUCCCGCGGGGUGGGGGCGGUGGUGGCGGGCGAGGGAGCCGCGGAGGAGGAGACCGGUUCGGAUCACGACCGGCGGCGCGGGGCCCCCCCGCCCGCCGCUCAGAGUACCGCGUGCUGGUCACUGGCCUGCCCCCCUCGGGCUCCUGGCAGGAUCUCAAGGACCAUAUGCGUGAGGCAGGGGAUGUGUGCUUUGCGGACACAUUCAAGGAUGGUACAGGAGUUGUGGAGUUCCUACGUCAUGAGGACAUGAAGUAUGCUGUCAAGAAACUUGACGACUCACGAUUCAGGAGCCAUGAGGGUGAGGUGUCUUAUAUCCGUGUGAAGGAGGACUACGGCAACAAUGACCGCUACAGUGGGGACAGAGACAGGUCACGCUCGUACUCGCCGCGGCGCGGUCGUGGGUCGCCCACUUACUCGCCGGUGCGUCGCGCCUCCUACUCGCGCUCACGCUCGCGAUCGCGCUCUCGCGACCAUGCCUACUGAGUACAGCUCUGCUCGGGAUGGCGGCGGCUCUGCGGCGACAACCUCCAUAGCUUUAAGACAAUAUACACAAAACUACACACACAUAAACACACAUAUAAUAUGCUUAAUAUUCUUAUUUUGACUAUUUCAAUUUUUUUGUCUUAAAUGAAGUUACUCUUGGAAGAUACUACGGCUAUUAUAGUGUCUCCUUGUUGAUUUCAUAAUAAGUAAAUAGUAACAAUUUUUGUUUUUAUUUGUAUAAAUUUUGACAAUAUGCUUAAAGAAAGCUGAUAUAAAUGUAAAUUGACAAUUUUUUUUAAUUGAGAUGAUUAAAAUAAUGUUUUUUGUUUCAUCCACUGUGGAUUGGACUUGGAUGUGCUUGGCUGGAGGUGUGUCAUGUCAGGAAUUCUGGAUAGGAUAAGGAUACAUACAUUCAGAUAACGGAUUGCAUUCGGAUUAAGGAUUCAUUGGGAAUAACGGAAGGAAGCGAGGCUUAGGACGCGCGCACUCAUCUCUUCACCUCGGAUAUUAUAGUAGUAGCCGGAUGAUCGGAUGGAUUUGGAUUGGGUAUGACUUAAACAUUAUUGCAGAUUAACUUGAGUGCACGCUCCGUACCGAACUUUCUAGGAUAAUGUGUUGAAUUUAACCUCGGGGUGGACACUGCCAUUGGUGCUGCUGAGGCCAUCACUUCACCAUACAUUUCUGUAAUUGUAUACUUGAUUACACAACCAUUACCAAACCUUAACUUAAAUUACAAAACAAGAUACCCACUAAAGAAUUUACAAAAUGGUCAAUCACAUAAUUGGACGUAGUUAUGCAGAAAGGACUCCAACCGCACACAAGGCACUUUUGAGUAUAGGCAUUAUAAGUGUCUGCUCUAAAUAAUCUUAGAUAUAAAUAUCCAAAAUAAAACAGUUUCUGUGUACAUUUUUAAAAUAAAGUUUAUAAUAGAUAACAGAUUCGUAUUCAGGAGUAUGAUGGCAUAAUUAACUCUAUUUUGAACAGUGUGGUUUUGAGUCCUUUCUGCAUAACUACUUCCAAUUAUAAAUGAGUAAAAAUACAAAAGUUGUGUGAUGACGUGACAGCAGUAACCUAGAUGCAGUCAGAUUAAUAUAAUAUUUGCUUUUCAUUUAAAUUGUGUUUUCAAAGAGACAGUUGAGAUAGCUUUGCUGAUUAGUGUAGAGCUAAUUUGAUGUCAUUUCAAUAAUAAGCAUGCUUCAGCUUACUUUAAUAGAAGUGAGAUCACUUGGAUAUAUCCUAUUUGUGCCUCACAAAUAAAUACAUUGACACUAAUAUUCUUUGAAAGCUAUGUGUAAAUCAUAUCAAAUAAGAAUGCUUUGUGUUUUUCGUGUUCUACACUUAUGUAUGCAAAAUGGAUAUAUCUAUAUUAAUAGUGGCUCCCUACCAUAAAUCAGAGUGAGAGUGUGAGAAUGUGUGAAGAGUGGAAUCAGUGAUCUUGUGUUCUAGUUUCCUUUGGUGUGAAAUUAUGUCACUGAAAUAUUAUCCCAUUAAGAGGUGUUUAAAUGUAAUAAUAUAUAGGUUCAAGAGUGUUGUCUGCAUUCCAAAAAUGUUGUUUGACGGAAUUAUUGAAAUACAUUGUAUAAUUAU